AUGGCACUUCCCCUUCUUCCGAUUCCUGGUAUUCUACUUCCCAAGCAACAGCAAUCAUUCCCUUCCAUUAUCCGCCGCAGAGCCAUCACGGUGACGGCGGAGCUCCAGACGGCGGUGGUGCGGACCGGCGGAACCGAUUUCCAGUUUCCGUCUGUUGAUGCUCCCACUCAUAAGGUGAAAGUCCACGACAGGCAAAGAGGAAUCGUUCACGAGUUCGUCGUACCUGAGGACCAGUAUAUAUUACACACUGCCGAGUCCCAGAAUAUUACCCUUCCGUUCGCCUGCAGGCACGGUUGUUGUACAAGCUGUGCUGUACGUAUAAAGAAUGGACAGAUUAGGCAACCAGAGGCACUUGGGAUAUCUGCUGAAUUGAAGGACAAGGCACGGUUAUGCACUUCUUUGUGUGGGCUUCCCAACCUCUGA